CGGAAACGGAAAUUGAUAAGCCCGUCUGACCUUGGGUACUCUCAUAUGAGUACGACGUUAUGUGGGUACGAAGCGUUAUCGGAACGACCUCGAAAAUGGCUGCGACGCGUAAAAUGUUCACAAAUUUGCCAGGAUUGGCAAAAACUGUUGGACUUCGGUCUAUUUACACUACUACAAGACCAAACCUUAUGUUGACAAAGGCAACAAAGGUAAUCUGCCAAGGUUUUACUGGAAAGCAGGGGACUUUCCAUAGUCAGCAGGCCAUUGAGUACGGAACUAAAAUGGUGGGAGGAGUUUCCCCUGGGAAGGCUGGACAAAAACAUUUGGGACUGCCUGUCUUUGGAACAGUGAAAGAGGCUAAAGAAGCAACAGAUUGUGAUGCUACAGCUAUUUAUGUACCGCCAAGAUUCGCAGCAGCUGCCAUUGAAGAAGCCAUUGAUGCUGAGAUCCCACUUAUUGUUGUCAUUACAGAAGGUAUCCCACAACAAGAUAUGGUACGUGUGAAACAUAAGCUGAUACGUCAAAAUAAGUCAAGAAUGCUCGGGCCAAAUUGUCCAGGAAUUAUCAAACCUGGAGAGUGUAAAAUUGGUAUUAUGCCUGGACAUAUCCAUCAGAAGGGAAGAAUUGGUAUAGUGUCCAGAUCAGGAACUUUGACAUACGAAGCUGUACACCAGACGACACUGGCAGGUCUAGGACAGACAUUGUGUGUAGGAAUUGGUGGUGAUCCAUUCAACGGCACUAAUUUUAUCGACUGCCUUGAAGUUUUCUUGGCCGAUCCUAACACAGAAGGUAUUGUUCUUAUUGGUGAAAUUGGAGGCCAAGCUGAGGAAAAGGCUUCCGAGUAUUUAAGAAAUAACAAUCGGGGUCCUUCAGCCAAGCCCGUCGUUUCGUUUAUUGCUGGUAUAACGGCUCCACCAGGUAGACGCAUGGGACACGCAGGUGCUAUAAUUGCCGGAGGUAAAGGUGGUGCCGAGGAGAAGAUUGAAGCUCUUAAAGCUGCCGAUGUUAAAGUUACUAUGUCACCAGCUCAACUUGGUACAACUAUGGUAGAGGCAAUGAGCAGAAGAAGGUGAAAGUGUUAUUUAUAGUAACAAAUUACAGACUUAAUAGAUUAUGUUUUAGUUUACUUGUUAUUAAAAUUGCUGGUAUCAACAUCUUGGAAUUGUGACAGACUCUUCAGAGUUCAAAUUCGUUCUUUUUGAGUAAUUUGCUGUAAAAUGAAAUUUUUUUCUUUCUGCGAUAUAUUUUCAUUUCUUUUUUCAAGAGUAUUAAGACUGGUCACAGUGGUGUAUAAGGAAAGUUAAUGUUGCUUUAUAUUUCAUGUACGAAAUGGUAGAAUUCUAGUUAAAUUUGUUAAAAAGUCUUUUAUUUUGGAAAAAAAUCUUGAUAUGUGUAAUGUAAAAAUUAAAUAGGUUUAUAGCUAUGUUCUAUUGUGAUAAAUGCUGGUGUGUAAUUAUGUAUACAUGUAUUAAAAACUAAUAAAGAACUAAUAAAGCAGAAAGAAUAUUAUACUGCAAGAAACAAUAUAUUUAUUGUUGGGAUGCCCAUAGAUUCCUCCUUGUCCAUGAGUCCUCACCAUUUCUGUUUAUGUCACAAAAUCUUGUCAAAUGUUUGUGAAGUAAAGAGUUACAUUUCUAUUACCAUUAAAGUGUAUAUUAGUUUAAUAUAUCUGGCAUAUUUCUUCACCAUAUAAUUUAUGGAUAAUUAAAAGUUUUAAGUGUAUUAAACUAGCACUGUGAAAAUGCUAAGGGUAACGAAUCGUGGCCACCCAUGGAUAAGUUUCGAAAUGUGGUACAAUACGCAAAAUGUCAUAAUGCUGUUACUUGUAUAAAAAUUGUAUAAAAAAGUAAGCAAGAAAUGUUGUAUCAUAUAUUUUGAUUUAUACAAAAAUGACUGUAUUGCUUUGAGAAUUGGAAUACUUGUCUACAACAAUUAUCUCCACUCCUAAGAGGAGAUAACUUGUUUUUUGGGUUGACUUUGCACCUUUCAAAGGCCUGCUAAGAGGAGAUAACUCUUGAUGUUUUUUUUUUUUGGGUUGACUGCACCUUUCAAAGACCUGCUCUAUUUCCACAAUCAAGCUCUGAGAAAAAUAUCCUCAAAUCUCAGAAUUUUCAUUGGUCAAUGUACGUUUUGUGGCAGUUUCUGACCAAUGGUAUACCUGAGAUCUGAGUUUAAACCACAAGAAUAUCUUAAUAACCUCCCAUCUAGCAUGUUUUCCUGUAGAUCACUGGCAAUACAUUAAUAAUUAUGCUGUUACGCAUAGGAAAAUUGACAGUUAUUUAUGGAGAAUAAUAAGAGAUGUUUGAGUUAUGAUAUAUGUAAUAAUAUUUAAGCAUAUUAAACAGAAUGGUAUCAUCACGUAUGAUGUUAUUGUUUUAUAUUCUUAUGUUUGUUAAGUGGAUGAAAGAAAUGAUUGAUGUGAUAGAUAUUGAAAUAAAUUGUAACUUAAUUUU